AAUACGUCACAUCAACGUCAUAGUGUUUUCUUUUGUAUAGUGACAACUUGAUCAAAAUAUUUUUGUUUAGUUAAAUAUUGCAGUGAAGAAUUUAUAUCUACAAAAGAAAAAUGGGCAAAAUUUUUCUGGACCACAUCGGUGGCGCUCGCUUAUUUCUCUGCGCAGCCUGCGAUGUUGUUUUAACGAAUCGUUCAGAGCUUAUAAGUACUAGAUUCACUGGUGCUACAGGUCGUGCUUUUCUUUUUCACAAAGUGGUGAACCUAGUUUAUUCCGAGGUGCAAGACCGUGUGAUGCUCACUGGGCGACACAUGGUACGCGAUGUUUCUUGCAAAAACUGCUGCACCAAACUUGGAUGGGUAUAUGAGUUUGCUACUGAGGAGAAUCAGAGAUACAAAGAAGGUAGAGUGAUUUUGGAGAGGGCUUUAGUGAAUGAAGCUGAAGGCUUUGAAGAGAUUCAAGUAAACAAUGAUGAUUAAAGAUAGAUUGUUAUUAUAAAAAUAGGAUAAAUUUAUAAAUAAGGAGUAGGUUGCAAGUAAUGUUUUGUACCUAAUUGUUUAAAGUCAUUGAAUAUAAUUCAUCCACUAUGUUUGGGAUCAGCUCUUCAAGUUGUUCUGAAAAAUAAAGAAAAAUGUUGGAUGUUUCCAAGUGUGGUUAUAACAAUAAAAUACUAUUUUUGAGUGUUUAUUAUUGUAGAGUUCAUGGGGACAAUUAUUCUCAGAUUAGGUACAAAACACCUUACAUUGCAUCUAAAGUAAAAAAUCGGUAUAUUGUUGCUAACAAGGUAAUAUGACUAGUAAAUAUAUUAUGGAUAAAUGUCAUUUUAUCUUAAAUUUUAGUGUUCAGUAGCAGUUAUUUAACAGUGUCUAAACUUUGAGUAGAUCUCCAUUUUUUAAUUUACUAGCUGUGCCCUUGAUCCACCCAUGGUAAACAGUUUAGUACUCUUGAGAACACAUACAUUUCUGAUGGUGAAAGAAUUUUUGAAAUUGGUCUGGUAAUUUUGAGAUAAGCAUAUUCAAACAGAGUUCAUAUUAAGUUAUUAAAUUAAUAAAUUAAUGUAUAGCAAUUCAAUGCCCUCUCAAUAAAUUAUAUGAUAAGUAUUUGUCAUUAAAUUCAACAUCUUAUAAUAUUUAAAUAUAAACAUAAUGAAAACAAUUUUACUAGAUUAAAAAUUCUUGGCAUCAAAAGGCCAGUCACCUUUGGAUGCCAAGAGGUUUUAAUUGAAAUUUUUAUUCAAUAUAUUUUUAUUUCUAUGAUCUCUAAACUAUACACAAAUAGACUUAGUUAGAUAUUUGCCUAUUGAAAGGUAGUAAAAAAAUGGCUGAGGUGUUGUAUAUAUGUUUACAUUUAUUAAAACUAACAGCUGUAAUAUUCAAAGUUUAUUGUCUACCUACGCUCAUUGGAACUCUUCCUAAUAGACGCCUAGUUUUUGCUUUGGACUGUAGCUUCAAUACAUAUGUUAAGUCUAGUUGUCAGUUUUGUCAAUGUAUUUAAGCAAUAAAUUAUUAUUGAAAUAA